AUGGCCGCCGCACCCUCCACGCUCAACAUGGCCUCCGUCCUCCUACUGCUGCUUCUCUUCUCCGUUCACUGGCCGGGCCGCAGCCACGCUUUCAGCCUCAUGAACUACCUCUGCAACAACGGCAGCUCCUACGCCAUCAACUCCACCUACCGCUCCAACGUCGUCGCGCUCCUCGGGUCCCUGUCUGCCAACGCGUCCAGCUCCGUCGUAGGCUUCGCCACCGGCACGCUCGGCCACGCCCCAGACCAGACGUGGGGGCUCGCGCUCUGCCGCGGCGACGUCAACGGCAGCGGCUGCGCGUCCUGCCUCGCGCUCGCGCCGGACAUCGCCUUCGGCAACUGCAGGGGCGUCAGGGACGUGUCCAUCUACUACGACCGCUGCCUCCUCCGGUACUCGGACACGGACUUCCUGGCCAGCCCGGGCGACGCCUCGGCGCCGGUGCAGUAUGGCACCAACCUGCAGUGCACGCCCAACCAGGCUCCCGAGGCGUGCCUGACGUGCCUCGGCAGACUCAAGGACGAGAUGCCGGCCGUGUUCAACGGCUCAACCGGCGGCCAGUUCAACGCGGUGUGGUGCAACCUGAGAUUCGAGGUAUUCCUCUUCUACGACAGCAGCCCGGUAGUGAAGCUUGUUGCACCUCCGUUGACGCCUGCUCCGUCAGGUGCAGCAGUCCACGACGAUGCAAAGAGGACAAGGGGAGCAGGAAAUGCAGCAACAGUAGUGGCCAUUGUUCUUGGGGUCCUACUUGUCAUCCUUCUGUCCACGUUCAUGAUGUAUCUCUGGAGAAAAGCACAAGUAAAACAAUAUGCGGAGGAAGCUGACGAUUCCGGGUCGCUCCUCUUUGACCUGGCAACACUGAGGAGGGCAACUACAAAUUUUGCCGAAGAGAAUAAGCUUGGACAUGGAGGCUUUGGCGCGGUAUACAAGGGUUUCUUGGCUGAUGGACGGCAAAUCGCCGUGAAGAGGCUGGACAAGGCUUCAGGGCAAGGCCUGAAAGAGCUGAGGAACGAGCUGCUGCUGGUCGCCAAGCUUCGGCACAACAAUCUUGCAAAGCUUCUCGGCGUUUGCUUGAAGGGACAGGAGAAGCUGCUUGUCUACGAGUACAUGCUUAAUCGAAGCCUGGACACCUUCCUUUUUGUCCCUGAGAAGCGUCCAUUGUUAGACUGGGAGACAAGGUACCGCAUACUGUAUGGGACUGCACGAGGCCUGCUGUACCUCCACGAGGAUUCGCAAAUCAGAAUCGUCCACCGCGAUCUGAAGGCCAGCAACAUCCUGCUCGACGCCGACAUGAACCCGAAGAUCUCCGAUUUCGGGCUGGCAAGGCUCUUCAGCGCCGACAAGACUACCACCAUCACGAGCCAAAUUGUCGGAACGCUAGGAUACAUGGCGCCAGAGUAUGCAGUUCUUGGGCAACUGUCGGUGAAGCUUGACGUUUACAGCCUCGGCGUCCUGAUCCUGGAGAUCAUGUGGGACCACUGGGUCAGAGGCACCACGCUGGAGGCCGUGGACCCGUCCUUGGACCGCCAGGCCCCGGAGACGGAGAGCGAGGUGGUCAAGUGCAUCCAUCUCGGGCUGCUCUGCGUGCAGGAGAACCCGGUGGACCGCCCGACCAUGCUCGACGUCCUCGUCAUGCUGCACGGCCAAUCGUCAGGAUUUGCGGCACCGUCGAAGCCGGCCUUCGCCUUUGCGUACGGGGAGACGAUGAGCUCUGAUGAGCGGCGUGAUGUGUCUUCUGCUGCUGCUGCUCCGUUCUCUUUGAACGGCAUGUCCGUGUCGGAGUUCCAGCCAAGAUAG